AUGAACCUUUCUCAGUGGAAGAACGCUGAAGACGCACAGGCGCGGCGCGCACCGCCCGAGCCCGCGCCGGCGGACGGACAGCGGCAGCGGCAGCGGAGUGCGUCGGACCCCGAUGAGGAUCCGAAUCCCUAUCCGGUGUAUCCCGUGCCGCGGCGCGAGCACCAGGACGAGCCGCGCACACGCCCACGCGACCGCUCCUCGGGGCUCUUCAAAUGGAAACGAGGCGGCCAUGCCCUCGACGGCGCACGCCGGCCGCUCGUGGGAGGCGACGAGGAAGAGCUGAGCGAAGAGGGGCUCGUCGCGCGCGAAAUCGCCGGGUUCUGCCACGCCAAGGCGCAGGCGGACGACUGGCGCCGGGUGCACGCUCUCGGUGACAUGAUCCACGCCUCGGAAAGCAACUCGAAAGAGGCGGUGCGCACCCUGCGCCACGAAAUGCGCGGCAGCGAUACCAAUGCACAGCGGCGCGCCGUUCGCGCCUGGGCGCUGUGGUCGCUGUCGUCCGGCGGGACAUUUGGCUCGUACGCAUGCAAUACACAGCUCCUGUCGACGCUCGAAGAGCUGCUCGAGAACCCCUUGACCUUUCGGGAGCUGCGUGAGGACAUCCUCGACGUGCUGAGUGCACUGACAUUUCGUUCGAAAAGCUCGCAGCGGCUGCGGCCUGUUGCGCGUCUCUGGGCACGCGUGCGUCCCGACGACCGGCCGGCGGCCGGCGCGCCGAUGCGCGAAGCGCUCUUUGGAGGAAGCCCCGAGCUCGUGCCGGAAGCGGCCGAGCGGCCGCGCCCCCGCGACGCGCCGCGCGCGAUGGAGCGCGCCGACGUGGCCGCGCGGCCAGUGGCCCGCCAGGAUCGGCCCGAGCGCCUCGUGCCCCGCCAGGAUCUGCCCGAGCGCCUCGUGCCCUGCCCCGAGGUCGCCGAGCGGCCGCGCCCCCACCUCGAGAGUGUCCCUGCGUGGGCCGAGCGUGUGCAGCAAGAGGCGCGCGCGUCGCCCCGUGCCGAGCUGCCGAUUCCCCCCCUCGAGGCGCAGCUCGGCGACCUUUCUCUGCGGCGCGCGGCCGAGCGCCCCGCCAAGCCCCGCGAGCGCUUCGAGACGUUUGUGCCGGAAGACGUGCCGCUCAAGAACCCCUUCCUCCCCUCCCAGCCCCCGUCUGCGGCGGAUACCUACUCGCCCGAGGAGCCCCUUGAGGCGCGCUCGUCGGUCGAAACGCAUCCCUCGCACGAGGCGCCGCCCCUUCCCCAGCGCUCGCCGUGGCGUGAUGUCCCACCGCUGCCUGCGGUGGUGCCACCGAGCCUGCCCGAGCGGCGCGAGUCCGCGGUCGAUGAAAGCGCCGACGAGCCAGCGCGCGACCCUGCCGAGAUCGUCGCGGACAUUUACCAUUCGUGCCAAGAGGCCCAGGCCAACGCGUCGGUGCUCUCCGAGGCGCUGUCCUACGAAGGCCUCGCCGCGCCCCUCGCCGGCGAGUUUGCCGACAAGGUCCAGGCGUCGCAGGACUACCUCUUGGCGAUGCUCCCGUGGGCGACCGAGCACGCCGAGACGCCGCACGCCCCCGAGCUUGCCACCGGGGCCGAGGCGCUGCUCGCCGAUGUGCUCGACGCGCUGAGCAAUGCUGGCGACGCGCUCGCGCAGCGCGACCGUCUCAGCGACGCGGCCGCGGCGCACACCGAGCCGCCCGCGCCUGCCGUGCGCGUCGACGAGGCGGACGACGUGCCGGACCCCGCGCAGCCGAGCGAAAAAGCGCUCGGCAAGCGCCGCGCGGUCGACAACGAGAGCGUCGCCGGGAGCGCCGAAGGGGGCACCGAUGCAAGUGCACCGCUAAGCUCGACCUCGCCCUCGCUCCCCGAAAGCCGCGCGGCGCAGAAGCCGCCGCUGCCGCUGAUCCCCGCCCCCCGCACGCCCCCCCACACGGACGACGAACACGUGCCCGGCGAGUGGGUCGCCUCGGAGCCCGACACGGGCAACGAGUCGGAACACACGACAUAG